AUGUCCCACCCAGAGCCUAGCAAAACAUCAGAGGACCAGUCUGAGGCCUAUGUGUCCGACAUUUCAGGUCCUCGAAACUUUUCUUCAAUCGAGUAUGACGUUCGAAGUGAUAUCCAACACCUAGUUUGGAACCGUGUCUCGCAUGGGAUGGGAGAAGAAGGUGCCACUGUUGACCGCCAAGCGGCCGGAAACGGAAUCGAAAAUGACGAGCCUCCUAAAACGGCAUCGGAAGAACUCAGUACGCUCGUCGUCGAGUUUGUUCAGUGUGUCUCUGAAGAGAAGCAGUGCACGUCACAUCGAAUGCGGGUCAAAAUCAAGGGAUCUCUUGCGCCGGGAGUCGUUAUCGAUACACCUGGCGCAAGUCUAUUUUUCUGGAGAUUCUGGGAAGCCGUCGUGGACCUGGCCACGAUGACGAAACCGCACCUCUGGGCGGCUGGAGACAAGAUGUUGAUCUCAUCUCAUGAUUGGGAGACGCUUGUUGAAGCGAGAAAACUCGCUGAUGCGAAAAUGGACCGGGCUAUCGAACUUGUGAACGUAGCCCAGCGGAUCGAGUGCCAAGAAGUUUCUGAUUGGACGGUGUGGGGAAAGCCAGUACGAUGGGCGGACUUGCCAUUAUUGGAACCUAUAGUCAAGGACUUUCAGUACGGGCUAUUCUCUGCUAUCUCAAACCACGAAGACCUUCUCAAACCACGCAUACAGCGAUACAUCUGCGGGGCGAUCCUUCCAGAAGCAGGCGAGAUCCAAAAAGGUCCCGUACGUGAACUGAUCAAUCUGCGAUGGAAGUGGUUGCAACUUCAGCGGUUCAGCGCCAAGUUGUGGAAUAGCGCAGGGCGUCCGGAAUACUUUCCGCACGCGAUUCGGGUCCUGGAUGCACUCGCCUGCUUUGCGCCUCCAGACACUGGGCUUCCCCCGAUGUCGGACGAUACUGUUCCUGAAGGCGUUGACGAUAGUACGAAGGCGGGAGAGCCUGGUAGCAAUAUAAAUGGCGUCACGGACGACAAUUCGCCGGCGGACCAGGAGACCGUGAAUGAGAUCGAUGGGGAACCUGUGAUCCCGCCCCUUGACUUGUCAUUCUACUAUUCCCUACCAGAACCGUUCGAAGAAUGGACUGAACCCCCUGCUCCCCGACCUCCGACUGUACUGCAGUUACUCUUGGCUGAGGGUGCUGCAAUAUGGUUAUCAGAGGCUAUGCCAGCGAUUCUACGAUACCAAUUAGGCAGGCCACUCAGCGUCACUGAAAAAACAUGGUUCGCAUCUGCCCAGGAGACCCAGCAAGAGCGAGACGAGCGAUGGAUGAAAUGGAAGCGAGGGCUGGCCGCAGUCUUUGCAUGGUGUACAAACGGACACAGCGGAAUGCCAGGCGAAGCAACGGUACUAAUCGGCGUCACGCGUGCUUUGCGUAUAAUGACACAAGCCGAAAAAGAUGCUCGACGGUACUUGACAAAGGGUCAACAAUCGAUUUGA